AUGGGUGUGGUGUAUAUGGGUCUGAAGGUUGUAGAGGUGUUCGGGUUUUCCUUCGGUUUUAGCUGUACGUAUGUAUGUAAUGACCCGUACAAACAGAAGUGGGUGAGCUCCACGGCGGACUUCGUUCGGGAGCUAGACCGUAACCACAUGAUUACGGUGGGGUUGGAGGGCUUCUUCGAAGCCAGCAACAUCGCUACACCUGCUGUGCUACGAUCGCAGCCAUAUCAUUCCCUCACAUCAUCGGGCUCUGUCGCUAUUUCGCGCGGCAACGCGACAGCUGCUGCAGCCGCUGCAGCAGGAUCGAGCCCAGCCGCCAUAAUCAGUCUGGGGUUAGGAUCCAAAGUUGAAUCCUUGUUCAGCAUCGGUGGCGGCGGCGGUGGCGGCGGCGGCGCGCUUUGGGGUCCUGUACGGCGAGGGCUGUUGCAGCCGCUACGGCCGCAUCACAUUCCUUUGCGGAGCAGCUUUGGGAGCUGUAGCAGUUGCUCUGCCGUUAUGACGACCAGCCCCGCCGUGGCGGCAUCGGCGGCAGCGGCGGGUGCACGGCGCUGCUUCGAUGUUGAUGGUUUUGCGUUGGCGAAUCGAGGGCGGGGCCUUAUUGGGCCGGCGAUGCAAGGCUUGCCAAGACGACCGCCGUACAGAGUACGGCGAAUGUCUACGCAGCUAGCGGCGGUAUGGCACAAGUACGGCACCGCUAUUUACGUGGUGACGGAGCUGGCGACUGUGGUGGUUUUCUGGCGCGUCAUGCGGAGUGUGACCAAUACGUUCAUCGCCUUUAACGACCGGAUGGCGGAGUACGGCGUCAUGCACGUCCUAGGUCCCUUAGGUGCGGCCUGCAACCAUCACCUCUCCGUGCGACACGACUGCGCACUUGCUUGGCUGGGUACUCAACGGCAUGUAGUGCAGGCACUCCGAGCCGCCGUCUGCUGCUGCACAAGGGUGGCAACAACGGCGGCGGUGAUAGCUCCAGGGGAGGCAGAGGCGGUUUCGGAGCCACCAGUUCAGCUGCCGCCAGUGCCGCCGCCAGUGCCGCCGCUGCUGGGACCCCUAUGGUCCAGCCUCAAGGGGCACCCUAAUCCGUCACCCCAUCCGACUUCAGAAUGUAUUCGUUGGGUUCGGCAACUCACCACCAGCAUCCAACCAAAUCUAGCGGAUCAACGGCGCAUCAACUUAGUUCCUGGGAGCUUCUAUGCAAAGAAGGAAAACGACCCACGGGUCGUGACGGCGGCGCUGCUGGCGGCAGCGACACUGCUGGCGCCGCACCGCAACCGGUGCAGUGCGCGCGAGUGGUGGCAGAUGGUUUCGGAGGGCGUGUUGGCGGCGGCGGGAUGCUCCAAGGACCUGCAGAUCCGCGCCGCCGCCGCCGCCGAGCCGGAAGGGCCCCUGAUGGGGGCCGGCAGUAGCAGCGGCGGUGGCGGCCACGGUGGCAGCCGCACCGCCGCUUCCCUCUGCCGCGCCAUUGGCGCCGCGGCGGCCCUGGCUGCAGCAGCAGCCGAAACCAUACCCACCGUGAAAUCCGCUGCGGCGGAAGCCCUGCUGGGAGGCCGGGGCUGUAGCACCGGUCGGUACGACAGAGCAGAUGACCGCUUUGGCCGCCUGUAUCAGCGACGCCUUGCGGCAAUCCGCAUGUUACAGUCUGAGCUGCUUGAUGGGCCCCGCCGGUUGCCUGGCGGCAGUGGAGGUGAGACGUGGGCACUGCUGAGCCAGUCGGAGUCAGCCGCUGUGGCUCUCAGCCCUCAGCCCGGUGAGCUCGGUGGCGGUGUCGGCAGCAGCAGAGACUUUGUCGUCGACAGACAAAUUGUCGACGGCGGUGGCAGUGAAGGUGAUGUAUGUGGACAAAGGGCAUCACCAGGAGUUAACGGGAUGAUGGCGGCGGCGGCGGCGUCGACGUGGCGAAGUAACUUGAUUCCGCCUCCUCCGACUAGGGCUCCUGUUGGAGGUUGGUUGGGUGCAUCACAGCCAGCGGUGGCGCUGCGCCUGGCGAGGCUGAUGCGGCGCAUUACGGCGCUGGUGCAGUCACAAAGCCUGCAGCGCCCCAAAAAUGAGGACCUCGCACUUGGCGGCAUUCGCAGCCAUACCCGUCGCUUUGCAGUGCCGCCACCGUCACGUGCGCUGUGUGGCUCGGCCGCCGCCGGCGCCUCGGCAGGUGCCGCAUCGCUGGCACUUUUGCCGGCAGAGGUAGUUUCGGAGCAAGAUACUUUGACGGCAUGCCUUCCAGAGCUGCUGUAUGCGCGCAUCCGACCAAUUGUCGUACAGCGUCACGCCCAGGUAUCAGGCUACACUAAGAGCGAGUUAGGGCCAUGUCGUGCAUGUGGAAGGAAGAUGCCCCUUCCCUGGCUGUUGAUGCGCUGUCGACAUCCCUUCAUCGGCGUCGUACUGCGGGAGGCACUGCCCGCAUUGCUGGCUUGCAUUGACGACCCCGCUCCAGGGGUGGCGCAGUACGGCGUGGCGGCGCUGCAUGCCGUCGCAGCGGAGUGCUUGGCGGCGGACCUGCAGUGGCAACGGGAGCUGCUUUUGGAGGCGGCUCGGCAGCUGGUGGUGGGCUGCCAUGAGCAGCUGUGGUCGCUAGUUUGCCCGGCGGCGGUGGCUGUUGUACGGCGCAUCGAGAGCAAGAAUCCGCGGUCCGCCGGAUAUCACGGCCUGGCUGCCGACCUGCUUACAGAAAUGGAACGUCAGGCGCACGUGGCUCGGCACAUGCUGGUGGUGUUGAUGCGAACAGCUCCAACACACGUGAAGGCGGAAGAGGAGAUGUCGAAGGCAUCGGUGCAGGUGGUCAAGACAACGGAAGGGUUGGCGGGUGAUGGGAGCCUGCAGCCUGUUAACGUGGCUGGGGCCUGGUCCCGUAUGGCGUCUGACGGGUAUGCAACUAGAGGUUUAGAAAAGCUUGAGCUGAGCCCCGAGAUGGAAAUGGCACAAACAUGUCAGUCUGAGAAAAUGAUUAUGAGAGACACGCAGAAGGGCUUCAUGACGAGACUAGCAGGGUUCAAGACCCACAAAAAAUGCAACGCACGUUCGUCAGCCUGUCGGUCAAUCCCGGGUCUCAGGCUCAGUAUGACUGUCUGUCAAUCUCAGGUUCCUUGGCGGAGUCUAUAA